AUGAACAGUGACAUAGAGCUUGAGCGACUGCGGGGAUCUCUCGUCAACCAGCCUGACACCCCAGCGUGGAAAAACCAGCUUCAUCGAAGGAUUCGCCGCGCAAAUGCCUACCAUACAUUGCAAAACUCACACAUUAAUCGACUCAUCCAAGUGGCAGAAGACCCCACUGCAGCGCGGCUGUUAGAUGAUGAACCAAGCACCUCAGCUUUCCACAUCAAAGCCGCCAUCUACACAUCCAUCUAUGGCACUAUUGCAGUCGCGGCGCUGCAGAUCUACGCCGCGGCGACAACACGUUCAUUAUCACUCUUUGUUACCAUGGCAGAAAGCUGUUGCGAGUCUAUCAGCAAUAUUGGCCUCGAUUACCUGCACAGGAAAUCCAAGAAACUCAGCCAUUCAACCAAGUGGCCCGCGGGCGCAGCGCGACUCUGCAAUGCCGGCAACAUCUGCUUCGCUUUUGCCCUGAUGGCUGUUUCACUCGUGCUGGUCGUCGAGUCGAUCCGUGCCCUGGCCAGCACCCAGCAUGAGCUUGGGAAAUUCCACGUGGCAGCUAUUAUCGCUGCUGCGUGCGGAUUCGGCAUUAAGCUUUUCUUGGCCAUCUAUUGCUUCAUGUUCCGAAAACACAGUAGUCAACUGCAAAUGCUUUGGGAAGACAACCGCAAUGACUGCUUCGAGUAUGGCUUCGCCAUCUUCACCUCGGCAGCGGGUGCCAAGCUGAAAUGGUGGGUUGACCCGGCCGGCGCCAUGUUCAUCGCCUGUGUCAUCAUCUUCACUUGGAUCGGCACGGUUCGUUCGGAGUUUCUGGAUCUCUGUGGACGAGGAGCCUCGCCCGAGUUGGUGCAGGAAAUCGUCUUCCUGACUCUUCGUCAUUCUGAUUUGAUUUUGAAAGUCGACACUGUCCAUGCGUAUCACUGGGGUGAGGACUUGUUCGUCGAGGUUGAUAUCGUCAUGGCGCCUGAGCGCAGCCUUCGCGAAGUCCAUGAUGUGUCGCAAGAGCUCCAGGAUAAGCUCGAAAUGGUCGAAGGCUUCGGUCGAGCGUUCGUCCACGUGGACUAUGAAACGUCGCAUAUGCCCGAGCACCGCAAAACCCGCUGA